UUUGCCGAAAAAGGGGGGAAAAAGGGCAAACUCAGAAGAGUGAAAAGGAGGGUUUAGUUCGGUAUUGUUCUCUUUCCGUUUGGGUGCAAAUCAUCGAGAGAAAGAGAGAGAGAGAGAGAAACAGCGAGCAGAGAUAUUUUCAUCGCGGCGGAACCCUAGUGAGGAGAGCGGCGAGGGCGGUGGCAGAUCGGAGAGCAAGCGAGGAGGAUGAGCGGCAAAGGCGGUGGGGGCCACAAGGCAGGGAUUCCUCCGGCCAGUCGGAAGAUGGUUCAGAGUCUGAAGGAGAUAGUGAGCAACAUCCCCGAACAUGAGAUCUAUGCCACCCUCAAAGACUGUAACAUGGACCCUAACGAAGCCGUUAGUCGACUCCUUUCCCAAGAUCCUUUUCAUGAGGUCAAGAGCAAGCGAGAGAAGAAAAAGGAGACUAAGGACACGACGGAUUCCAGGCCUCGAGGGGUAAGCAAUACGUCUAGUCGUGGCAGCGGUGGCGGCGCUAGGGUUAGUGCGGACCGCUAUGUUGGGCGUGGAGGUGCUACUCAAUUCAGUAGUAGUGGGGAUUCUGGUCUUCUGCAGGGAAAACCUGUAUUGAAAAAGGAAAAUGGAACGCCUGGUUAUGGAGUUUCUACUUAUUCUGCGCCUAGCGCAUUGGAUAAUAAUGGAAGCAGGCAACUACCAUCCUACAGUGAUUCUGUCCGUGUCUGUGAUGGGCUAUCUUCAUCUCAACACGGUGGAUUGCAAUCUGCAUGGGUGGCGAACCCAGGUCAAGUAUCAAUGGCUGAUAUUGUCAGGAUGGGUAGGCCACAGGCAAAGACAUCCAUUCCCAACUCUUCUCUCCACAGUGGUAACCAUCAGCAUGUUUUUGCACCCCCAGCAUCUUCACAGCACAAUUUGCAUUCAUUGCAAGGUCACGCUUCUAAGGUGUCAGAGACAAACAAUGAUCAAGGCUUUGGUUUUAACUCAAAUGUUGAACAGAAUGAUGAAUGGCCAUCUAUUGAGCACCAAUCUGCUGUUUGUGUAUCCUCAGUUGUAGAUGAUCAACCAACAUCUGAGUACCAUACAAACUCUUCUAACUCUGCUGAAGCUAACCAGCAGCUAAAGACCCAUGUAAAUGAACUUGUAGCUGAAGAUGAUCCUGUUGAGAAUCCAGACAACGCUGGAUCUGUUAAAAGUACAUCUGAGGACAAUCCUGAAAGUACAUCUGCUUUUGAUGGUAGCUUGUACAAUGACAUGAAUCCCUACCAACCUCAUCGGCAACCUUUUGAAAAUAAUGAAGUUGAAGGUGUUUCAUCAGUUGCUGCAAAUUUGGAGCAGCUAAAUUUACACACAAAUGAUCAGGAGACAGAACAAGAGGAGGAAAGUUCUUCUGUUGUAAUUCCAAAUCACUUACAACUCCAUACCCCUGAAUGCUUGAAUCUGAGCUUUGGAAGUUUUGGAUCUGCUAAUGAUGCCGCCCUUUCUGGAUCUGGCCCAUAUCCUUCUAGGCCCUUGAAAAGUAACUUAGAGGAUACAUCUGGAGCAACUGAUGUUUCAACAAUUGGAUCCUCCGAUGUCAGAAAUCCUGACUAUUAUGGGGAUGAGCAUCUGACUUCUACCCCGGAUGGAAAUUUAGCUCACUUAUCUGGCGUAGAUGCUGGGACUUUUGAGCAUUCCUCCAUUUCACAAUCAGAGGCUUUAAAAUCUGAACCCCCUGAAACUGCUCAGGAAAAUCAAUACUCAUUUCCUUCUUCUCAGCACGAGUUUGCAUACGAAAAUGCCCAACAACCAGAUGUUACGUUCCCUCAUUCACAGACAAACUCACAGAUACAGAACCUGUCUCCCUUCUCUAGUGUAAUGGCUUAUACCAAUUCUUUGCCCAGUGCUCUGUUGGCUUCAACUGUUCAAACAGCAAGGGAGGAUAUCCCAUACUCACCCUUCCCUGCAACACAAUCAAUGCCUGCUAAAUAUAGCAGCAUUGCUUCUUCAAUUGGUGGUCCCACUAUCACCAUGUCCGAGGCUCUGAGGGCUAAUAACAUUUCAACGCCUCAACCUAAUCCACAAGCUCUACCUGGUGCCAAUGUUGCCACUGGACCUGCAGUCCCCCAACAACACCUUGCUCUGCAUCCCUAUUCCCAGCCUACCCUUCCCCUGGGACAUUUUGCUAAUAUGAUUGGCUAUCCGUUCUUGCCUCAGAGUUAUACUUACAUGCCAUCAGCAUUUCAGCAGGCUUUUGCGGGCAAUAACACAUACCACCAAUCUUUGGCUGCCAUGCUUCCACAAUACAAAAAUAGCAUUUCUGUCAGCAGCUUACCCCAGUCUGCUGCUGUUGCAUCUGGAUAUGGUUUCGGAAGUUCCACCAGCAUUCCUGGAGGAAACUAUCCAUUGAAUCCUCCUGCUGCGCCUACCAGUACAACUAUUGGAUAUGAUGAUGUUAUAAACUCUCAGUAUAAGGACAACAAUCAUAUGAUCUCACUGCAGCAGAAUGAGAAUUCUGGCAUGUGGGUUCAUGGACCUAGCUCUCGAACAAUGUCUGCAGUUCCUCCCAGCACGUAUUACAGCUUCCAGCAGGGACAGAAUCAACAGGGUGGAGGAUUUCGGCAAAGUCAACAACAGGCUUCUCAGCAUUUUGGAUCCCUUGGUUACCCAAAUUUCUAUCACUCUCAGAGUGGGGUAUCUCUAGAACACAGUCAGCAGAAUCCUAGGGAAGCAACUCUUGCUGGUUCUCAAAGCCAACCACCGAAGCAGACCCAACAAAUAUGGCAAAACAGCUACUAAUCCCCUCCUUCCUAUUCACCUCCCGGUUUUUAUUAAGGGUCUUGAUGUGAGUUUGAAAGUGACCGCACCGCUCACAGGCAUUAAAUGUAGCAUUGUUUGGUCUCAAGCCAAGAGAAGACACCCCGUGCGAAGUUGUAUUCUAUAUAAUAUAAAUUAUGCUCCUCAUCUUUAACUUAGGUUUUAAUUAAGUGUGCUAAUUUCGUGUACAA